UGUCAAACGUAUCGAACGCCUUCGGUCGGCUCGCUGCGAUUCACCAGUCGACCGUGCUAUAAAUUUACAGAGUAUUGUUGUGAUUGCGUCGGCAUCGGCUUCGUGUAUGAACUGUGUUAUAAAAAUGAAUACAGUGUCGUGUUUAGUGAUUAAAUAACAAUGCCAAUUGUAAUGUACACUAGUGUUGUGUUGUGAAACCGUUGUUUGGUGCUGUUUAAGAUGACCGAGAAAAAUAAAUCGGAAAAGAUGACUAAUGCAUCCAAACCUGUUCCCAUGAAACUUUUUGCGGCCUGGGAAGUGGACAGGACGCCUUCCAACUGCAUUCCCAGGCUGUGCACUCUUCGGAUAACCAGGCUCAGAGUAUGUGGUGCGCUGGGUGAGACAGGCGGUGGCGCUGCCAGUGGCGCGGGCGCCGGCGCCGUAAUCCUCGCCGCGCGCAUGCACAGCUCCAAGCGCACGCUGCGGUCCAACGACAUCGCAGUCCCACCGCUUGAUGUCGAGCUCGACUUAUGCUUCUCCUUGCAAUACCCUCACUUCGUCAAACGGGAUGGUAACAGAUUACAAAUCAUGCUACAGCGUCGCAAGAAGUACAAGAACCGCACAAUUUUGGGAUACAAGACUUUAGCCGAGGGUGUUAUCAGGAUGGACCAGGUACUUCAAAGGUCGAUGGACAUGGAGCUGGAGCUGACAGGUGUUGGUGGCAAAGUGGGCGCUGCUGCAGGACAGCCAGUCGCCAAGCUGACCAUCACCGGCCUCGCGUCCACACCCGUAGACCAUGAUACUAAGAACAAUAAUACUUUGCUUAUUACAGAACGAGGCUAUUCAGAUGAAGAAGAAGAAGGGGAAUUCAGUUCGGUGGAGGAAGCCGAUGAAAUGACGUACGGAGCUCCCGCCAGGCGGCGCGCGCAUCGACAAUUGGCGUUCAACAAAACUGAUUUAUCGUAUACCAAGUUGUCCCGUUCUCGCGACUUGAGCUUCAUGGAGCGCGAGCGAAAGAGACAGAGCUAUAUAAACUCUAAGGCGAACGACAGAGACAGCGACAGUGAGCUAGAGACUGCGGCCGCGAAACGCAAGGGCAGCCGCGGGAAGCUCGCGCAACGCAACUUGAAGCAGAAGUUCGCGGCGUUGUUGCGGCGGUUCCGAGUCCCCGAGGAACUGUCGGAGCGAGGCGCAACAAGGGACACGCAUCAUGCCCAACACGACAUUGAUGAACUAUUCCAGGAACUGGAAUCUUUAUCAUGCGGCGAGGGCGAGGAUUCAGGUCCAGAUCAGAUGGAUACCAUCAGCAUCGGUUCCACACCCAAACCCUCGCUGAGACCUUUCUUCAGCAGCUCCAGGAGUCUCGCCAACCAGGAGCAUCACAGGCAUUCCAACGGUGCAUGCGCAGUGGUGCGGCACGCGAGCGUCGCGUCCGGGGCCGAGCUCGCCGCGCUGCGCGAGAGACACAUCAGCACGCAGCCGCUCACAGAAUCAGAAGCGGUCAGAAGUUCUGCUGGUGACGAGAGAGCCAGCGAUGGUAACAGUGACGGUGAUGCCACCAUUGACGCGCCCGUGUCGGGAGCUUCAGUAUCCAGCUCCCCGCCUAACGAGAUCAAGGUCAGGGAGGACAAACGGUCCCGGUUAUUUCGUAGUGCGACGAGCGGUGGCAACCUUAUACCGGGGGGCGGGGUCACGCGCAAGAAGAACUCGCUCGUAGUGGGCGCCGAGAGACCGCUCUCUGCGCACGAGUUGCCCGCACAGAGUCCCACCACUUUAGAGCCGCGCCGUACAUGGGCGGAGCAGGUGUCUCGUCUGGCGGGCGAGGAGCUGGCGGGCGAGUGCGUGGGCGUGUGCGGCGCGGGCGCGGGCGCGGCGCAGGCGGCGCUGCUGGCGCUGCGCGUGCCGGCCGCCACCGCGCCCUCGCCCGCGCCCGACCCGCGCCCGCUGCUGCACGCGCUCAUAUCUAGGGCUAAGCAAGGCACCCGUCGCUCGUGUAUCCGCGUGGCAAUCUGCGGCGGCGACGCGGCGGCCAGCGCGGCCCUGCGCGCGCACGCAGAGCUCGGCGCGCGCCGCCCGCACGACGCGCCCACGCUGCGGUUCUACAUCGUGCCUAUAGGCCCCAGCGUGAUAGCGCGCCACCUGGCGGCGUCAGACGGCGGCUACGCGUCGUUGUUCACGGGCGACUCCUGGGCCAACAUCUGCGAGCGAGCCGCCGAGGGCUCCGCGCCUGAUGUCGCUGAAAUGUCCUCCAGGAUCGGCAGGUAUCUGAACAGCAUCGGUCCAGUGAACAACGUGCCGAUCGGCGAGGCGAUGGUGGCGUAUAGAGAGAAGUCGGGCGACGAGGACGCCAGCCAGACAUUCGUGCCCUUCAUUGCGGAGGUGAGAGUAGGUUGCAGUGAGGGCGGAGUAUCCUCCCUGGAGUUAGAAGAAGGUGGCUCUCCCCCUGCCCGAGCGUCUCCCCCCGCGACCCCGGCGCCCCACCCCCACGUGGCCCCCCACAUGACGGAGCUCACCGCUGCUCCCCUGCCGCUACCCCUACUUGCAAGGACUGAACCACUUGAGCUGCAGUUGGAUUAUUGGCUGGUCCCAGGCCGCCAGCCCGACGGCACGGACAGUAAGGUGACGGUGAAGGCAUCCUUCCGCGCACUGCACGUCACGCGACAGAACGCGCACCUCAGCAUCACGUACCUUACCAAGGAGAAGAAGCAGAAGAUAAUGCGGCUGGGCAAGAAGAAGGAGAAGACGGGCGAGGCCGAAGUAGGACGCGCACAGACCGUAGAUGGAGUCGCAAGACUUAUAUGCUCCGCCAAGAGCUCUCACAACGUGCCGCUCAAAGUAUACAUAGACGGCAUGGAGCUGAAUGGCGUGAAGUUCUUCCAGUUAUCGACGCAGUGGCAGACACACGUCAAGACAUUCCCCGUCGCCACCUGCGGGGCCCCGCUCGCACCGCCUGAGUCGUAGGGGCCCGGUGCCCAUUUCCCCGCUACUAUUUUGCAGGCCCCUUGGGUCCCUGGCCUCAUAGGCCUGACUAGCGCUCGCCCAUCUCCGGCCCGCUCGGAAGCACUCAGCGAAGCUACGAAAUGAGGCUCUAAACUUAGUCUUGCGUACCGACAAAUGUAUUGUAUAACGUUUAUUUAUUAAGCUGUCAAGCUGCCAUGAUUAUAGCGUAGGAUUCGCCUUGUGUUAUGUACCUUGAGUUCGUUAUAUAUCCAUGUAUUCCUGUAGUAUAUAGCUCGCCGUAUACUCGCAUGCUGUAUGGUGUCGUGAUUCAAGCUACAUAAUGCAGGCUCAAGCGUUAACUGUAUCGUCAUAGUCAUUCAUUCAUUAGUUAUCGUAUUUAAUAUAUUAUAAUGUAGUCGUUAUCUGUGUACUCAGUAUAUAUCGAGAAAUAAUGGUUCGUGACAUUUCCAAUAUGUGUAUGUAAUAUAAGUUAGUGUGUGUGUGAGCUUGGCAUGGCUGUGUGUGUACUUUCAACGAAUAUAAGCUUACGUGUAGCCAAAAUUUCGCCGAAUUCCGAUAGUUGUGCGUCGGGCGUCGGCUUGUAAGGACCUCGUGCAGUGCGCGAGGCAGUGAUAGCGUAGUGUUACUGGAGCGAGUAUCGUCGGCACAUAUCAACGUAGGUUCGGUUCCAGUGUUGUGCGCGAUUUUAUUUUUGAUCUGUGAUUCGUGAAUGCAGUUUUUUUUAAUAUCCUAAGGCAAUGGAAACGCGUUGUUGCAAGUCAUAUUUUUGUGUAAUUUUUUACAUAAGCGCAGCUAACAAUGCGUUGUCAACAUUUAUAAUUUUGUACGGCAAACAAUGAACUUUUGAAUGAAGUGUAGAUUUUUACGUAAACUUGAUUAAUUUUAAAAGUAUUAGUAGUUACAUGUAAAUCUUCCUAAUCGCUUAUACUUGCAUAGAUUGAACGAUGUCUUCGAUUUACUUGAACAAGCCAAAAUUUUUAGUCUUUUAAACCUGAAAAUUCGAAAUUAAUUCCGAGCCAAUUUGGAACUUUCUAUUUGGGCUAGUUUAAUUUUGUAGCGGUAACAGUAGAGGGCGUUAGGUACCCCGCAGGUCAACGACUGUCUCAUGAUAUCAUAGAAUUAGUUAUAUAUUCUCAAACUUUACAUAUAUAAUACGUGUAAUACUUAGGUAUAGCUGUGUGGUACUCUAAUAAUGUGGCUGUGUGAAUAAGAAUGUCAAACGAACAGUUUUGACGGCAUCUUACACUAAUUUGAACUUUAAAUCUAUUAAGAUAGGUUCCAAUGUGGGAUUUCGCUAAAAUUGAUAUCGUAUAAGGCUUCGCGUCUCAUAUAUUCUUUAUUAAUACAUUUUAUCGAUGUUAGACAUGUUGUUAGAGCCUAAAUUAAUAAUUAUUCGACAUUUAUAACUAAGGCGUUUGAAUAACGAGACGGUCGCCAUCAGUAACAUAGGACUUCCAAAUAUGUUGAUCUUAGAUCUAAUGUUAUAAAUUAUUAUAUAUCGUUUUAAUAUAUUGACAUAUCGAUAUUAUGCUAUAAAAUUCAAAUUAUAUCUAUUAUCGUGGUUAAAGUAGACGUCUAUUAAUAAUAUUUGCUUCAAAUAGUGUAUUCGUGGUAAUGUUUAGAGUAUUUUGAUUUUUAAUGCAACGUUGCAAAGUUGAAAUUUGAACGAGUAAAGCGUUUUAGAAGUGAGUGUCUAGAAACAAAUGCCAAAAUAAAUUUAGAUUGUUGUGAUUUCGCAUGCUUCAAUUCUCAGUACAAUAAAAUAUAAUUCGCGAUGUAUCUAAUAUUUAGCAACAGACUAGUCAAGUUCGAUUCUCGAGUUGGACAAGGUGUCAUUACAGUUUGGUUUUUAAAAGAUUUGCUCAGCGCUUUACUAUCAAACUUAGAUCAAUAAUAUUUAGAAGGCUUAUGUUACUGCUCUGUCCUUGAAGCAAGUGGGUUUUGAAUGCUAGUCGAGGGAAUAAAAAGAAAACUCGCUUAAUGAACAGAGGGCAUAGUACUUUCUUUUACUUUUAACGAAAUCAAAACGAAUCCGAAACCGCGUUCGUACUGAGAAUUGGUCGGUUCAUUGGAGCUGGCCAAUCAGAGCGUCAAACGCGGUCUCGUUUCGAUUACUUUUAACGUAAAAUAAACUUGUUCUAAGCCCUCUAGAUGUUACAUAUUAUGUCAAGUUCAUAUCUUUUUAAAUUCUCGUUCGACUAGCAUCUAUAAACCCAUCUGUUGGGCUUGUUUGCUCCCACGGGUAACUGUGACAAUAGCUCGCGUAUUAUACGCACUAAUAACAUUUUUCACAAUAAUAACACCGUUUUUAUUUAAAUAUACGCUCUUAAUAUAAGUCGUAUUUAAAUAGCAGUAGGUCUGUUUACCAUUUUAAUAUCUAACAAUAUACUUAUUCGAUCUUAUUCGUGUGCUAAAGGCCUAGUAUGAGUUAUUUUUACGUUAGCGUGAUCCAAACGUUAACUGUCUGAUUGGUUGGUUAACUUGGAGCAGCCAAUCAGAGCGCCGAAGGCCAUGAACGUGUGGAUCGCGUUAGCAUAAAACAAAAUCGUACUACGCCCGUUCUGACAUGUUUCUGAGUAUAGUGUGUGAUGAUGACCAAGCAAUAGUUCUUGGAAGACUAUAUGAAAGUAUUAUUAUUGGAUUUUAAAUGGUUUCGAGCAUCCAAAAAUUCAAUGCAUCAAAUCUGGAACUGUGACCAGUGUUUAGUAUAAUGUGUCAGAGUUCAGUUCAUCAUAUGAGAUUCGCAAUAUAUCUUACAAAGCUGAUAUCGGAAGUUACAGACCGAGGUUGUGGAAUUUGCUGGUUACCGGAGCUCCGGUUCCAAGCAGGAGUGGGAACGGGGUGAUUUUUAGUCAGUCCGAGCCUGACACUCCCUCACACCCUUUCUUUCGCCUCACCCAAGGCGGGAGAUGUCAUUUAAUUGUUUUAAAAAAAUAUCGAAAUAUAAGAAAUUAACGUAAUAGUUAAAGAAGUCUGACAACUGCAUAUUGUAUUAUAAAGAAUGAAUAAGAAACAUGUCAGAACACCACAUCAGAUGUAAAAUAGUCUCAAUAACAGUUUUACUAAAAACUUUGCGCAGUAACGUUUGUUGUUAUAUUUUUCAUAAUAUUUCUUCUCAUAUCUAGUCUGCCAAUUUCAGUCCUAGAGACGCCUUCUGGUUAGUUAUCUUAAGAAGCUUAAGAGUAUUGCUCGAUCUUCUACAUAUAUUGUGCAAUGAGAUCUUCACUGAUGGUUAACUAUCAGAAAAAAGUGUCCUUGUGUGGAAUAUUUGAAAUAAAUACUUUGAAUAUAAUAUCAUCAAAAUCUGUCAAGCUGUUUCAGAAGAUACAUUACAAUAGACAAACGAUCACCGAUACUUUCAUCAUAAUUAUAAAAUACUAGCUGAUCCAGCAAAAUUUGUAUUGUCUAAAUUUUUUUUUACCUAACCCUUCCAUUAUCUACCCUUCCCAAAUCGGUUCAGCCGUUCUCAAGUUUAAGCUAGACUAACUAUUAAAAGAAAUAUUUUGACAAAUAAAAUAACUAACAAUAUAUUAUCUGUGUAUCAUAUCAAGUCGCUUCUAUGUUAUAUAACUAUGUAAAAUAAAGUACGGACUAACUUUUAUCGUUAAUAUUCUCGGGUUCAUAUAGUAAGGGCCCAUAUUUUCUAAUAUUCCACAAGAAUUAUGCCAGGUAGACAAGUUUCGUAUUUUAUGUAAUCCAACGUAUACAGGGCGUGAUUGAAUUUGUAAGUGACAAUUAAAUGAAGUGAAUUAAGGCUACUGAUACGUAUGACUGCCUCGUUGGCCGAGUGGUAGCAAGUGCGAUUGCCGGGCAAAGAGUCUCUGAUUCGAUUCCCGGGUCGG